CCCACGUGUGUGUGCCUGAGCACAGAGACUGUUGUGUUGUGUUGUUGUGUGUGAGCUGAGUGUGUGAGCUGUGGCAGUAACAAUGCCUUCAGUUCAGUCUCUGAGAGAGUUUAUCAACGAGCGACUAACUGCUGCUGCUGAACAAAUAUUCUUGGAGUUUGAAAAAACGAUCGUCCAGUACGAGGAAGAGAUCGACCGUCAGCGCAGACUGCUGGAUAUCACCUGGAAACCCCAAAUCAAGCUGCACAGGACAGACGUCCCACAGCAGCAUGUCUGUAAGGAGGAGAUCCUCAGUCACCAGCAGCUCUGUAACCAAGCGAGUCUCAACCAAAAGGAGUCAGAGCUUCCUCAUGUUAAAGAGGAACAGGAGCAACUCUGCAGCAGUCAGGAGAGAAGACAGGUUAUACUGAAGGAGGAGACUGAUACCUUCAUGGUGACUGCUGAUUAUGAGGAAAGUGACCACAGUGAACCAGAACAAAAGAGUAACCAGCUUCUCUCUCACAGCUCUGCUGUAGGUGAGAGCCAAGAUCAGGGAGUAAGCAAGAAGUUUGAUUCAGGAUCAGCUAGAAAUAGAAACAAAAGUCACAACAACGCAGAAUAUCCACCUACUUCAGGAAGCCAAUGUAACUCUGAUAAAAGUAAAAAGUCCUCAAACUGUGAUGUUUGUGGAAAAGCCUUUAAGUAUAAUUAUUUAAUGAGAAGGCAUUAUCGAGUCCACACAGGUGAGAGGCCGUUCUCUUGUAAAAUGUGUGGGAAAACAUUUAUAUCUGCUAGUUCUUUGUCGAAGCACACAAAAACUCACUCAGGUGUUAAGCCAUUUUGUUGCACAACUUGUGGAAAAAGGUUUGCAUAUAAUAGUGAUUUACUGAAACACAUAAGAACACACACUGGGGACAAACCAUAUCAUUGUAAAAUAUGUGGAAAAAUGUUUUUAUAUAAUAGUGAUUUACUGAAACACACAAGAACACAUACUGGGGAGAAACCAUAUCAUUGUGCAACAUGUGGGAAAGUGUUUGGAUAUAGUAGUUCUUUAUUGACACAUAUGAGAAUGCACACAGGUGUGAAAGCAUAUAAUUGUAAAACAUGUGGGAAGACGUUCAAACGUAACUGUCAUUUAACAGAGCACAUAAGAACUCACACAGGUGAGGAACUUUGACAAUAAAAGAGUUCUAUGUACAGUUGCUUGCACACUGAAAUUUGGAAGCAAUACCACAAAGGUGUGAAAAAAAAAACGAUAUACAAUAAAGAAGAAGAACAGACAAUAUAAGAACACUAUGUACACUAUAAACAUGAUGCAGACGUCAUAAUAAAACAUUGUAAAUAAUAAAUAAGGGUGGAAGGGCUAUGGUCAUUAAGGGAUGGAGAUUACACAAAUAGCCGAAAUAUUGCACAGCAGGAGCAGAAUAUUGUACGGAAACAAAAAGAAACUCACGCGCACACACAAAAAAGCAAUAAUGAUAAUAAUAAAUAGCAAGUAGAAGCACCAGAAUGAUUGUAGGAAACUCCCAGUUUGCAUUUAUUUUCCUGACCUCCCACGGGAAGAAGCUGUUCUUUAGUCUGUUGGUUUUGCACCUGAUGGAUAUGAACCUUUUUCCAGAGGGCAGGAUGUUGAAUAGAUGGUGGUUAGGAUGGAGGCGGUCUUUUAUGAUUGCCCUGGCUCUGGAGAGACAUCUAGAGCUGGCAAUGGAGUCCAGGGUGGAGAGAGCACAGCCAAUCACCUUCUCUGCAGUUCUGAUGACCCUCUGGAGUCUCAUCUUAUCGGCUCUUGUGCAACCGGCGUACCACGCAGGGAUGGCAUGCAGCAGCACACCCUCGAUUGUGGCAUGGCAGAAGGAGACUAGGGUGUCAUCUCAGAACCCUCAGGAAAUGGAGGCGCUGCUGGGCUUUCUUCACCAGGGCUGAUGUGUUAGUUGUCCAGGAUAGGUCCUCGGAAAUGUGGGUACCGAGGAACCUAAAGGAGGGCACUCUCUCCAUGUAAUCACCUUUUAUGGGGGGGGGGGGAGAAUCUGUUUUUUGUCUUGGAGAAGUCUGUGACCAUUUCCUUGGUUUUCCUGGUGUUGAGGUUUAAGUUAUUGUUGUCACACCAUUUUGUCAGACGUUGGACCUCAUCUCUGUAGGCGGUGUCGCCAUUGUCAGUGAUGAGCCCCAUCAGAGUGCUGUUGUUUGCAAAUUUGAUGAUGAUGUUGCGGGGUGCGGUCACUGGUGUAGAUGGUGUACAGGUGUGGACUCAGCACACAUCCCUGUGGUGAGCCAGUGCUGAGUGAGAGGGUGGAUGAUCUCUGGUUGCCAACCUUGACAGAUUGUCAUCGGUCUGUAAGAAAGUUUUUGAUCCAUGUACAUGUGGGGUGGGGGGGGGAAGUCCAAGUUUACCAGCUUGUCAAUAACGAUGUCUGGGAUGAUGGUAUUAAAGGUCGAGCUGAAAUCAAUGAAGAGCAUCCUUACUGAAGUCCCAGGAGGGCAGUGGAAACUGCAUCUUCAGUUGGACCUGUUUGCCUUAUAGGCAAACCUGGUGGGGUUCGAAGCUGGGUGGGAGGGAGUCUUUUAUGUGCGUUAAGACGAGCUUCUCAAAGCACUUAGCAACUACUGGAGUCAGAGCGAUGGUUCUGUAGUCGUUGAGGCCACUGAUGGUGGUGGACUUGGGGACUGUGGGAUUAUUGUUGCUGAUUUGAGGCAAUGCAGGACAGUGGCAUGUGAAAGGGAGAGGUUGAAUAGUAUGGUGAACACAGGAGCCAGCAAGUCAGCCCAGGUUUUGAGGACACUCCCAGGUAUUCCACUUGGCCAGUGGCCUUGCUGUCAAAGAUGUGAAAAAAGGUUCAAAACCAGAACACAGUUGUGGCGCCAUAUGAGAACUCACACUGAGAGGUGUACUUUUGACACAAGGUUAAUUGCUCAGUGAGCUGUGUUGAGCUAAAAGUCAGAGGUUUGUGUCACAAAAGUAGCUCUUUUUAUCUAAUUCACUGUGGUAACUUCCACUGAAUAUAUAACCUGGUCAGGAGCAGGUAAUGUGUUCAGAGUUUCACUUUAAAAGUGUCUGUGUUGUUAUACCUCAUUCUAAUCUGCUGCUAAAUCUCUUUAACACUGAUUAAAUUGUAGCAAUUAGAACACACAACACAAGAAAGUAAUACAAUUAAUUUAGAUUUGCAACAAGCUAAAGCAAAUCUCUUCUUACUUUUUACUGCUGUAAGUUUCAGGUCUCUAAUGUGCAGUUGUUCCCUUAAUACCAUCUUCAUAAUAAACCCAUCAGGUUAGAAGUCUUUUUAGAGAAAACAGUGUCUAGGUAGAGAGUUUCUAAAGGUUCAGAGAUAAACCACCUUAACGCAGUAGUAUACCUGCUGUAAUGGUCAUUUUGCGUCCGUUUUUUUACAGAAACUUGUUGUACACCCACUGUUACAGCGCAGGAAGCCUCUGCAUUAUUCUCCUGAACAGUCAGAUCAGCCUGAUGUCUUCAGCCUUUAAACUGCGAUGUGAUCAAUUCUUAAUUUCUUUAGUUGUUGUUGUUUUGUCUUUUCCAU